GCGUGUUGGAUUGGGUUUGAGUUUUCCAAACCUAGCAGGUUUUACCCCGAUUUUUUUCACAAGUAAACUCAUGGGUUUGACUUUGAUAAAACCCGACCAAUUGCAAUCGCUAGUUUAGAACAUGACAAGAACAAAAAAGUCCAUGUUUUCCUUCUCCAAAACAAAUCGAGUAGAGUGUAAAUGUUCGAAAUUAUCCUCCUCAUUAUUUGAUGUCGAUUAUGUGAAUGUAGUAAAUAAUGGCAAAUGACCAAUUCAUAAAAUAGCCUCACGUACACCUAAAAGUGACCCAUUAGUAGGUUGACCAGAUAACAAUAAAGUAAGUAUAGAAAGAAAGGGAACGGGGCGAGAGAAAAGUCCAAAAGCAGGAAUUCAGAAAGUGAGAGUAGAAGAAGAAGCAAAAGGGUGGUUUCAGUCUUUCAGAAGAGAGAGAGAGAGAGAGGCAGAGGGUGGGUUCAGAGAGGAGAAUUUUACAGCUUCGGCAGUCCGUCUUUUCCUUUUCUCGUGAUCUCCCAUCCCAUUUCUUCUUUCCUCUUCUUUUCCAUUAACUUUCCUAGCGAGCUAGCGAGCUACUCUGCCACUGUCUAUCGAAAGCAAGAAAGAAGUCUACCCUUCUUUUCUUUACACUAUAAUAACAAUAACAGCCCAGCCGGCCAGUUUCUCCUUCACCUCCAGCAAAGUGAAGAAGAAGGAAAAGUAAUAUUAUUGAUGGGUAGUUCGUCGUGUGGAACAGCAGGAAGGAAUGGAGGAGUUAGGCAGUACAUAAGAUCGAAGGUGCCUCGCCUCCGGUGGACUCCCGACCUUCAUCACUGCUUCCUUCACGCCAUCGACCGCCUCGGCGGCCACCAUAAGGCGACGCCGAAACUGGUGCUUCAGUUGAUGGAUGUGAAGGGACUCACCAUUUCCCAUGUCAAGAGCCAUCUCCAGAUGUAUAGAAGCAUUAGGACUGAUCAGCUGCCUUCCACCACCAACUCAACCCAAGAAGGAAUGGAUCCCAUCAAUGGCGAAGAAGAAACAGAAGAAGUAAAGGAAGGAAGACAAUCCAAAACUGAUCAAUACUACCAGUUUCUUCUCCCCAGCCCCAAAAGCAGGGUGAAAGUGGAGAGUUUGAACAGUGGUGGUGGGAAAGGGGGAGACCAUGGAAGCAUUGUUAUGAUGGAUGGGGAAAGGAUUAGGAAGAAGAGGAAGAGGUGGUCAUCAUGUAAUCAUCAGAUUACUGAGUUCAACAACAAGAAGAAGGGAAUCUUUUGUGGUACUGUUCCGUACGAAUCGCUUGAUCUCCUUAACCCCCACCACCACCAUCAUCAUAAUAUCCACAAUGGAAUAAUGAACUCAAAUCAGCAACAGUACCACAUUGGUGGUGGAGGAGGAAGGUUCAGGUGUGGCCAGAUGCAGCUCUCUCACCAUGCUCCUGCUAAUGGAGUUAGUACAAAGACGACUAAUGGAUUUUCUAGAUUUACCCACCAACGGGAAGAAUCUCGUUUUCUCGAGGUUAUGAAAGUGGAGACCGCCGCCGAUCUAGUUAACGGAGUAGCUAGCUGGAAAAGCAAGGAACUGUCGGAGGUGGCCGCCGGAGGAGCUGGCAGCGGUGAUGAGAGAACGUGGGUAGUUGGCCAUAGUGACGGCAACGGUGGCAGUGGUCGGAGUAGUUGCGAGUUGUCGCUGUCGCUGUCAUUGCCCGGCGGAGGCAGCGAGGUUGACGGCGGUCUUUCUUCGAGUCUCACUACUUUCUCUUCGCAUUACUACUGCUACGAUAGUAAUGGCGGUAGGUUUAAGGACGUAUCUUCGCCGUCGUCUUGCUCGAAUCCUACGCUCAACCUGGACCUUUCCAUUGCUCUAUGUGGCACUUAAUUAGAUGUAUGGUGUUGUUUUUUUUUGCCAUUAGAUGACUUUUAGUUGUAUUUUCUGUUUCACUGUGAUAGUUUGUAGUGCGUUACUAGCAACCACGUACGUACAUAUAUGAAGUAUGAUUAUUAUCCUAGUUGUUUUGGGCUUUUUUGUGUGUGAAGGAGAAGGAAUUAUCUCUCCGGGCCUGGCCUGCUAGGUCUGAGCCCGUUAGUUCUCUCUAAGUGAUAAAAUUCUGCUGGUAUUUAAUAAAAUGGGCCUUUCAAGUGGGCCAUGAAACAGAUAACAUCAUCCUUUAAUUGAGGUUUGAAUUCCCAUUACUUUCGGUUAUUGAUGUAAUUUGAGUAUCUCGAAGUUUAUCUAGACAUCUAGAGUUGUAACGUACUCGGUUUCAGAUUGGAAGAAUAUUGUCGACGAUGCUUCGAUUGAUGGCAAGUACUGUUAGAAACCGAACAGAAAAAUAGGGUUAUCGAUCUAGCUGAGUCGCGGAUUAGGUCGCUCUCUUUAAGGCGUUCGACAAACACAUAUCUUACUCGGCGAAACUCCCAACCGGCCCGUCCGAUACUGUGCUCCGAUUUACUAAUCCACCGUCUCUCAAUAUAAUCAUAAAAUAAAAUUGAUGUCAAGCUAACCAAAAAAAUACAGCAUCUCGUCUGAUACUAUGUUCGGGUUCGCCCAUUGGGCUCUUACUUCUACUUUUGGAUGGAUCUACACAGACCAUCCACCAUACGCCCUGGUCCUUUUCUGGUUUAGUGGGACUGGGCCAUUGGACAUCUGCUGGGCCUUGCAACUCAAAGCAAUUUAGCCCAAUGCUUCUAGGUAAGUGUAUUCAUAAUUGGGCCUACCAUUUCUACCAAUAAGGAAUUUUGGGUGGAAGACCUACUGGUUUGGCCUUGUAUUUAUUUCUGUUUGCCUUUCAUAGCUGUUUACCACUAAAAGUUAUCUUGGUAUCUUCUAUCAUUGAUGAGCUACAAGGUAAUUAAGAGUUUUAUAAGACCACAAUAUUUAAAUAAAUAAAUAAAUGUUAUUAAGUUUAUCGUUAUGGAUAUUGAUUUUAAGUCAAAGUCACCAAAUAAUAGUGAGCAUGAAUAUGAUUCAAUGAGUAAUAUGAGCCUCUCAUAGGAGGCCAUGACAUGCCAUGCCACGAGAUUGUAUAAAAAUUAAUUAAGUCUUGAGAGGCACGUGCCGCUUCACGAAGAGGGUCAUGUCCGUCUAAGAUCUAAAAGUACAUGUCAUCUCAACGAGAAGGGCCAUGGACGCAAGACAAGAGGCCCUGACAUGAUUGAAAAAUGAUAAGUAUGAGAAGACCAUGUUGUGUCACGGGACGGGAAUGACCACAUAAAUGAUUGAGAAGUCUAUGGCCAUGAAUAAAGAGGCCAUGUCGCCUCAUGACCAAGACCAAAUGACACAAAAUAUACUAAGUCUAGGAAGGACAUGCCACCUCACGAGAGGGGCCAUGUGCAUGAUCAAGAGGUCCAUGCCGCCUCACGAGAGGGGGCCAUGGACAUGAAUGAGAAGGACGAGGUGGUGGAGCAUUAUUUCACUAGUGACUAAGUCCCUAGAGGGCCAUGGACAUGAGUAAGAAGUCCAUGACCAUGAGGCAAGAGGACUAUGACCCCUUUGCGAGACAGCACAUGCUCAUCAAAAGACUAGCGUGGCACGUGAUCUAGAACAAGAGCAUACGAGGCAAGACACACUCCAAGACUAACGACAGUUCCAAGAGAAGCAUCUAGGCAGUUGAGGGAGUAACCACCAUGUCCGAGGAAGCAGGGAGCGGUUCUUUUUGGGAGUUAUCAAGAGGCAGUUUUCUACGGUUGUUAUCUCCGAAUGACUAUAAAUAGGAGUAAAGGUC